AUUUCUCCCCUCUGUAAGCUAGAAAAGUGAUCUAUUACUAUUGUUCUUGAUCUACUGAACCACCCCACGAGUGUUUCAGAAGAUCUCAAGGAGUUCCUUUCCAUUUGCCACUCCAUUUGUAUAUUUCUUGAUAUAUAUUGUUGAAUCCUACCUAACAAAAGGAAAAGUAUUUCUGCAUUUGUUCCACCAUAUUUAGGAUGCCAUUUGACCCUUCACAUUUGAAAGCAUUCCAAUGCCUUCGUUUUUUUAGAAUUGGAUGGAGUGCCUUUUGCAGGGAUCUUUUUGGAGUGUACUAUGAUUGUCAGUCUAUGCUCGACACUCACAAUUUUGGGAUCCUCAUACAACUUAUAAGUAAGAGAGUUCAACUUAAGACCUCAAUGCAGCCCCAGAAGCAUAGGAAAGUUAGAGCAUUGCUGAAGAAUAAAGUCUCACGGAUGCAUUUAGUAGAUAAAAAGAGUGCCCUAGGCCCUGCAUUGAGAAAGUUUGAAGAUGCUUUUGGAGUUUAUGUUAUGAUGUAUGGUUUCUCUAUGAAGCUCUGGGGCUAAUGAACAGGAAGAUGGUUUAGUGAAGCUCUGUUCUUCCUUCCUCAAGGAUUGAUGAAUUUUGAGAUUAAUCGACUUCCUUGGAGGCACUGAACUGCCUAACCUAAUGGAGUUGCGAUGUGGAGUUUGUAGCUAUAAGAUGAAGUGAUUGCUUUGGGGACAAAACAGGAGCAUCUAAAUUCUUGUCCCAGUCCAUUGACUUGUGAGCAAGAUAUUAGGCUGCUGGGCAUGUAAACUUUUAAUUGAUGGCUGGAAAGUAAAGAUUGCAGAUAAUAUUGGUUGUGUAUUUGGAAGAAUGUACAUUAAAAAAAAAAAGAAAAAAAAAAAAAGAAAAAAAAAAGGAGCAAUUAUUGAAGUUGUAAUUGACAUUCUUUGUGGAUAAUUAUCAAUGGAAGUGAAUGAUUGGGAGAA